AUGACUCUCACGAAACUCACGACAGAGCCAGACUCAUUCAAGUUUAGCACAGUCCCAGGCUAUUUCCUCCAAGAUGAGCCAACCACUGACCCAGACACCUUUGACUAUUCAGCCCAAAAUUUUGGCUUGAUUCCGAAAGAAUAUGACAGCGGGAUUGCGAAUUCCCAUGAAACCCAAUGGCAACGCUUUAGCCGGCACAUUACACAUCUCAACGAGACCGCUAGUCCGCAAACCAAGUAUAAAGUACUUUUCCUGGGACGACACGGUGAAGGUGUACACAAUGUCGCUGAGCGGAGAUACGGGACUAAAGCAUGGGAUGAGUACUGGUCCCUUCUGGACGGGGAUGAAUACGGCACUUGGCUAGAUGCCCACCUCACAGAGGUAGGCAUCGCCCAAGCUCAAACUGCUCACGAUACGUGGGCUCGGCAGUUGGAGACUGGUAUCCCGGCACCACAGUCUUACUAUGUCAGUCCGCUGCAUCGGUGCUGUCAGACGGCGCAGGUUACGUUUGAAGGGCUCGACAUGCCCUUGGUGAAUCCUUUUCAACCGCUUGUAAAGGAGUUACUCCGUGAAACCAUGGGCGAGCACACUUGCGACCGCCGUUCGACCAAGUCGGCUAUCGCCGCUGAUUUUCCACGGUACCGGUUCGAGCCGCGCUUCACAGAGGAAGAUGAGCUUUGGGAUCCGAAGGUUCGCGAGGCGGAUGGACACCGUGACCGGCGAUUGCUGGACUUGUUGAAUGAUAUUUUCGCUACGGAUGAGAAUGUCUUUCUUUCUUUGACGGCGCAUUCGGGGGCUAUUACUAGUAUCUUGAGUGUUAUUGGUCACCGCAAGUUCUCGCUGGCGACUGGGGCGGUUAUUCCAGUUGUUGUGAAGGCAGAGAAGAGAUAG